AUGAAUUCUGUGAGCGUAAAUUCUGUGUUUGGUUAUAUAGCUACUGGUUCUUUGAAAACAUUCCUUGAAAAUUGUCAGAAUUAUUGUGGACUUAUCGGUAAUGUUGAUAAUAUUGAUAGAUUAGUAGAAAAAUUUUGGUUAGUGGAAAAUAUUGGUGAAGAAAAGCCAAUUCUUAGCCAAGAAGAAGAAUUCUGUGAACAACAUUUCAAAGACACUUACAGACGAAAUGAAGAUGGCAGAUUUAUCGUAAAAAUGCCUAUGAAAGACGAACAAUUAGGAGAUUCAAAGCACUUAGCCAACAUUAGACUCAAUCAAUUAGUUAAACGUCUUAGCAAAAACGCUACAUUGCAACAUUUAUAUCAAGAUUUCAUAACAGAAUAUGAAAAUUUGGACCAUAUGGAAAGGGUCGAUGAUAAUUCAAAACCGGAACUUGAAUAUUACCUUCCCCAUCAUGGAGUAUAUAGACCAAGUACAAAAUUAAGAGUUGUGUUUAAUGCUAGUGUCUCAAGCUCAAAUGGCUUAAGUUUGAAUGAUUUACUUUUAGCGGGAGCAGUCCAAGAAGAUACUUUUGAUAUUCUUGUGAGAUUUAGAAAACAUCAAGUUGCAGUUAUUGCGGAUAUACAAAAAAUGUACCGGCAAAUUUUAGUUGAUGAAUCCCAAAGAGACUUACUUCGAAUCUUAUGGAAGAGAAACCUUAGCGACUCACCUGUGACAUAUAGACUCAAAACGGUGACUUAUGGUACUAAAAGUGCUCCAUUUUUAGCCAUUAGAUGCAUAAAGCAAGUUGCAUAUGACGAAAUGCAUAAAUAUCCUGAAGCUGCCAAAGCUGUCUUGUCAGACUGUUAUGUUGAUGAUGUCAUCUCUGGUUCAUCAAACUUAGACUCAGCAAGGGAAUUGAAAAAUCAGCUUAUACAGCUUUUUCAUAGUUGUGGAAUGACUUUGCACAAAUGGAACUCUAAUUCUCCUGAACUGUUGGAUAGCCCUUCUACAAGCUCUGAGCUUUCAUUCUCCUCCAAAAGACUGAUUGGUCCGGUAAUCACCAAAGCCAAGAUAUUUUUACAGAAAUUAUGGGUUCAAAAACUGAGUUGGGAUGAACCACUUUUUGCAACUAUUGCUCACGAAUGGCAACAGAUAGUUUCAAAUUUAAAGACUGUUGAAAACAUAAAAAUUAAUCGUUGCAUCCUCUCCAAUCAUCCAAGCAAGAUUUCACUCAUUGGAUAUGCAGAUGCUUCGGAAGCCGCUUAUGGUGCAGUUGUCUACUUGAUUUGUGUCGAUGAAGAUCACAGGCUCGUCAUCUCAUCUACUACUACUAGCCAGCAAAUCUCGUGUGGCUCCAUUGAAAACUUUAUCUAUUCCAAGAUUGGAACUUUGUGCAUGUUUGUUAUUGGCUCAUCUGAUUUCGAAAGUUAG